AUGGGAGGCCUCUCACCACUCGCCCAACGCUUCUCAGAGAUUCACCCUGACCGCGCCCCCGUUGCGAUCCACAACACCAGCUCAGGCCAGAUUGGAAUGGCCGAGAAUGCCCAAAGACAGUACGAUGAAAAGCGUGCCUCACGUCUCCGCGAGGUUCCCCAGCCACCGAAGGUGCAACGCGGCAACAAAGUGCUCUGUUCAGGCAGCAGAGACUCCAUCCUGCGUGACCCCUUUCAUCGCGGCAACCCAGAGGCAACGUACAGCCUCUCCUACUCUCGGUCCUACGAGCAAGGCGCUCUGAAGGGCACUCCUUCCGAGCGGCCCCCUAGUAUGCCCCUUGGAGCGAUCAAGGAGUCGGGGCCAAGGUGCCACAAUGAGCGGAAGUGUGAUAUGCACGCCAAGGGGUAUACGGCGGAGCAGACGCUCAUCUUGGCGAGAGAGGAUUUGUUGGAGGAGAAGCCUGGUCUCGUGUUGGGGAUUGGUGGUCUCAAGGCUCAGGAUCACGAUGAUGAUGCCGAGUGGGAGGAUAUGGAGGAUGGAUCGACUGUGAUCCGGCGGAGAUGA